UACAUGAACUACUAUUUCCCUUCUGCAUGUGUGCCACUAGUCUCUCUCUCUCUCUCUCAGGCAGAGAACCCAAAAGUUAAACCAAAGUCUGAGUCAGACCAAGCAGCUACCAGACACUGUAGCCAGCAACUCACUCUACACCACCAGGUUAUCUCUCUCUUUUUUUCUUAGUGCUCCCUCACUGAUUCACUCUCUCUCUUACACACACACACACACACACACACACUACCCAUCACUCCUGGCAGAGGGAAGACAAGACCACAGAAGAACUGUUACACACCUUUACUCUCAGCUACUCACCCAGCCAUUGCCAGACACCAGGAUGUGGACGCUUCUCUUGGGGGUCACCUUCGGAUUACUGGCCUCCACCAGGUCAGAUCAACUUAUAGUGAAGUCACGUUCCUGCAGUUAUGCUGGGGUAUUUCUGGUAGAGGGAGAACAGCGGUACAGCCUGAACUUUGAAAUGGCUCAAAAGGUGUGUGUUCAACAAAACAGCAGCAUCGCAAGUCAAGAACAAGUCCAGAAGGCCUAUGAUGUAGGCAUGGAAACCUGCAGGUACGGCUGGAUGAACAAUAACAAGACUUCCAUCCUCAGACACAGUCCCCAUGAAAACUGUGCAGUGAACAUGACUGGGUUCCAAAUUAAUCCAUAUGUGAAGCCUGAUGAUUACUAUGAUGCCUACUGCUACGAUGACCAAGCUGGGCCUGAUAAGAACUGUAACAAGUCAUAUGCAUUUGAAAACAUCUCACCUUCAAAUGCAACAGAAGGCAUGGCAGAAUCUGACAGCACUCCAAGUGCACAAACUGAGGCCUAUUUUGACCUCACACCAUCCUCUGGGGGAGAUGCUAGUAUUACUACUCCCACAGAAAUGGCUUCACAGGACACAGGGGCUACGGAGGAAGCCAUGACAGAGUUCGACCAGGCCACUGGAUCUGGAAUGCAGCCACCAAUUAACCCUGAUGGAGAGUCUGAGACAAUCCAGCCUUCCACUGAGAACAUAUACUCUGUCAAAGAUGAUGCCGCAACAAACCCUCCAAAACUACCUAAUGGAAAAGACCGUCAUCCAGCUGAGUCUGAUCAAAGAAAGAGCAACGGCUUAUCAAACUGGCUGGUGAUCAUUUUAGUGAUAUUGGCGGUUGCUGCUAUUCUCCUUGUAUGUGCAGUUGUUGCCAAAAGAAAAAGCUUGUGCGGCACACGACAGACCCUGGUGAUCACAGCAAAGGACGCUGGCGAGGGAAACGGAGCAGCAGCAGCAGCAGCAUCCAGCUCCCAAGCCCAGGAGAGAGAGCAGGAGAUGGUGAAACUCAUGAACAAGGAGAAGAUCCAGGAGAACGGCAACACAGAGGAGUUCACCGUCAUCAAGCUAGAGGAGUCACCAGACAAAGAACAGCUUGCAUGAGAGUUAAGUGUAGCAACAGGGAGCACAAAGUAUAGGUGAAGGUAGGAGGGAGAGAGUGGGUAGGUGGAUGGGGGAGGGGCUCCUAGGGUUAUAACUGCUUUGGUGGCUAGCACUGAAUGAACAGUGUAAGUGUGUAUGUGUGUGUGUUGUUGUUUAGAAAGAUUUUCUAAUUGAGGUGCAUGCCAACAUGUGCAGCAUUUUGUUUGUCAGACACAUCGGGUCCAUCAGGACUCAUCAGUGUCAUGCAUGGUGAGGAAUGAUGCACUGGUGCAUAGCAGGGUGUCUGAAUGUCUUUUGUGUUACUUCUUUGUGUUUUUGAGGUUGUGUGCUUUGCUGAUGACGGGGCCGAGGAGACGUGGUUUAAAGCAGGGGUCCUCAACCUUUUGUAGCUUAAGGCCCAGUUCUGAUUCUUAAAAAAAUUCUGAGGAGCACCUUGUCAAAUAAACAAGAAACAAAAUUAUAAAACAAUGUAUUCAGUGUAUCUUUUUAAUGUGUCCAGGGUCAUAUUUCCACAACAUACACCUUGGAGCCUUUACUGGCGCAGGGUUGUCUCCCACAUCACUUUUUUUUUGCUUCAAAAACUGAUCCAUUUUGUGUCGCUGUGUCAAAGGAAACAUUGACUGCUUACUGUAGCUAGUUAACAGAAGUACAACACGUUUGUCACCCAAUGAUGUGUCAUGAGUAGGUUCUUGAUGGUCAC